AUGCCUAGGAAAAAGACUUCCAAACAGACAGACGGCCAGGGUAUGGAAGCGCCAUCCGCAAAACGUCGGAAGCCAAAUCAAGCUUCGGGGGCCACAAAACCAGACCAAGUCCCCAUUGACUAUCAAAAACUCGCCGCAGAGAUCCUACGCUUCAAUGUCAUCACAGCCUGCUACAUCAGGGUCACAAGCUUCUACAUAGGGUCACAAGCUUCUACAUCAGGGUCACAAGCUUCUACAUCAGGGACACAAGAUGCUACCUCAGGGUCACAAGCUGACACAACAGCAACUGUGAGCCAGCAGGCACAGCACCCAAUAAAACAUAAUUACAUAUCAAUCACUGAUGGCAUUCCUCUUGGUGCAACCGUACCUUACAAAAUUAAGUCAAAAAUAUGGUCAAAUGAAUUUAUAGAUUUGCGUGGUCUCUUGACGCACCAAGAGGAAGACCCAGUGACCUUACUGAUCACACCAGGGGUAAUAAAUUUGCAACAUAGUCGAAAGUCUAAAACGCCUCUGUCCAUCAACCAAUGGACAGAUGCGUUUCUGGUUUUUACGUGUAUCGUUAUACAACAGAAACCCAAUGAGGCUCCCCACCUGCUUAAGUACAUGUCAUUCAUAAGGGAGCUACAAAAACUUCAUGGGGAUUCAGCGUGGCGAUCAUACGAUGAGUCUUUCAGGAAGUUAAGGGAGACAGUAGACCUUCCGUGGCAAAAGCCAGUGGAGGAACUACGUGGUAAAUCAUUAGCUGUUUCCACAAAACAAUCUAAUGGGCAGCCUUUUCGUGGGAAACAGGUGGGGAGAAUCGGUGGGGUCAGAUUCUGCUUCGCCUAUAACCAAGGUAACAAAUGUAAGUCAACUCCCUGUCCAUUCACCCUCAUUUGCCAAGCCUGUAGAGGUAAUCACCCCAAAAUUAAAUGUAAAUCUACAGAAAAAUCUGAACAUGAUAGGACCUCUCCCAACCCCAGUAAAGGCAAACAAACUAAAUGACCAUUUAAGGGGUUAUGAUGACCAAUUGAGAGAUUAUUUGGUAAAAGGUUUCAGUUUCGGAUUUUCCCUGGGAUGUGAAAACACUCCUACAGCGUCUUUGUCAAAAAACCAUAAAUCAGCUCAAAAUCACCCAGAAAUCAUACAAGAUUACAUACAAAAGGGCCUUGAGCUCCAUCGUAUAGCAGGACCUUUCCCAAACCCUCCUUUCGAUCCAUUUGUGUCAUCCGCUUUAGGUGUCAUACCAAAAUCAGAACCAGGAAAAUUUCGUAUUAUUCAUGAUCUUUCUUAUCCAAAAACAAAUUCUGUUUACACCCAUAUUCCAAAAGAAAAUUCAGAAGUUCAUUAUGACUCAA